AUGUCAUUACCUCCUGGUUAUGCCAGUAGACAAAGGUAUUCCAAAUUAUCUUCUGUACUCAUCUCUUUGGGGUACAAACAAUCUGUUUCUGAUCACUCUUUAUACACCAAGUCUACUAAUAGUGAAUUUACUGCAGUAUUAGUAUAUGUGGAUGAUAUAGUAUUAGCUGGAAAUUCUUCUCAAGAAAUUCAAGUUGUUAAACAUUUUCUAAAUCAGAAAUUCAAAAUCAAAGACCUUGGAAAACUUAGGUAUUUUUUGGGGCUUGAGAUUGCAAGGUCUCCCAAGGGUAUUUUUGUUAAUCAAAGAAAGUAUACCCUUGAAUUAUUGCAAGAUGUUGGUCUUUUGGCAACAAAAUCAUCUAAAAUUCCUUUCAAUCCAACUACCAAACUGUCUAGUACUGAUGGUGCUCUUUUAGAGGAUCCUUCAUCUUAUAGAAGACUCAUAGGAAGGCUUCUUUAUUUGACCAAUACCAGACCUGAUAUUUCAUUUUCUGUACAACACUUGAGUCAAUUUGUUUCUAAGCCUCUGGUUCCUCAUUAUGCAGUUGCUACUACAAUUUUGAAGUAUCUUAAAUCUGCCCCUGCAAAAGGUUUAUUUUCCCCUGUUUCUAGUUCUUUAAAACUGACUGGAUAUGCAGAUUCUGAUUGGGCAAGAUGUCAUGAAACUAGAAAAUCAAUUAUUGGUUAUUGCGUGUUUAUUGGUUCCUCGUUAAUUUCCUGGAAAUCAAAGAAGCCGAAUAUUGUUUCAAGAUCCUCCACUGAAGCAGAAUAUAGGGCACUAGCUUCCCUCACUUGUGAAAUUCAAUGGUUGUAG